GGCUUUGCGAUUCUUUGAUAUCGCCGGCAUCAACCACAGAAGAUAGCAGAAAAUAGCAAGAGCUGCUUCUUUUCAGAGAAUCUGUAUACCGCGACAAUGCCGGCUACUUCUUCUGCCACAGUGUUUAUCCAGCAGUCCACCCUCCUCCUGCAGGCCCGGCCAACGACUACCAAAAUCUCCUACUCCUACAACACAGACAAGAAAACAAAACGGGGCUCUCUCGCCGUCAAAACAUUCGACCCCGUCUCCGGCGCAUGCUUCCGUCUGCGCACCCGCAAGGUCAAUGAACUCAACCGCAUCCUGCGCGCACUCGCUGGCUUAGCUCAGGUUCAGGCCGGUCUUGCCUCUGGGGCUGAGUUACUUGCUACCGCUACAGAGUAGUUCUUUCCUUUUCUUCUUUUUUUUCCAUUUCUUCUACUUCUUCUAUAGAGGCGGUGUACGAUAUCUUCAAGUUAAUGUCAUCAUCAUAUUGCUCUAGCAAGAGUAAUUGCUAUCAAUCCAAAUCAUUAUCA